AUGGGCGUCUACUGGGUUGAUCACUUCUGUGCAUGGCUUCUGACCGACGAUCAACACCAAAACAGCUUGUGUUACACUAUGAUAACCAAGUUCUUGGAGAAUAAGUACCACUACUGGCUUGAGGCUAUGAGUCUGUUGCGGUGUACCUCAGAGGCAAUCAAGGCGAUGCAGAGACUGGAAGAUAAGUUGGAGGGUAGAGUUUCUGACGAGCUAAAGCUUCUGGUCAAAGACGCUUUACGCUUCGCUUUUACACACAGAACCAUCAUGGAUGUUGCACCACUUCAACUCUAUGACUCAGCUUUAAUAUUCACUCCCCAACUCAGCAAGAUCAAAGAAUGCUUUAAUCAGGAAAUCAACAAAUCCAUAGAUGUAUUCUCCCCCAACUUCCAACGAUGGGAUGCCUGCCUCCAGACUAUUCCGGGUAUAGCACAUAAGGCCAUGUGCGAAUUUUCACCUGAUGGUGGGCAUGUUGCAACGAUCAACAGUAACGCCGACAGUUUACUCUUGAUGGACGCUUCCACUGGUUGCCUUGUCAAGUCGAUUGAAUCUCCGGGGGGUCGCCUGGUCGGAUUUACAUUCUAUCCAAGCGGAGAUCAUCUUGUCACAUUAUCUGGCGAAACAAGAUACGAAGCAAAACUCUCCAUCUUCCAUCUGCCUAACGGGGAAUGCAGUAAAUCCUUCAGAGUUCCCAAAAGUCGCAGAUCAGCCAUUCUAUCCGUGUCUCCAGACGGAAAACUACUUGCAAUAGCAUCAGGCGACCACACCGUGGACAUUUGGCAUAUGGCGAGCGAAACAAAAACGGACAGCUGCCAUGUAAUGCCAGGCUCCUUUGUCAAGUAUAUUGCCUGGACACAUACUCUUUCGCAUCCACAGGCUCUCUUAAUUCUAGGAUCGGACGAUAUUUCUAUUUGGGCUCUUGAUACGACACAUCAAACGUCCAAGCUAAUGUCGCUGACGGGCAUAGAACAUCCUAACGCUGCCACGGUUAGCCGUGAUCGGACAUGCUGUGCAGUGUUCCAUGGUUGGAAAGAGCUCGUAUUGUACUCUUGGGGGUCAUCCAUAACCGUGCAGAAGAUUGCGCGAUUCGACCAUGAGAAUGUAUUUGAUGCAUCAUGGAUAGCCGAUGACCGUUCAAUAGCCCUUUGUGGGAUAUUUGGCAUCGAAUUAUGGGAUUUAGAAGCGAAGAGACGGGUAGCGCAGGUACGGGGCGAUGCUGCUGAGACAAUAUGCUAUGGAAGAAAUCGCCAACUUGCUUCGCUCGGGCUUCGAAACGGCACUCUCAAGAUCUGGAGCCUGGACACAAUCUUGAGUCAUUCAGAACCUACCACCCAAGAGUCUGCCAGCAUAGUCAAGGCGUUUAUCACAUCGCCAAGUGGCAAGGUUGCUGUCAUCAGUAACAACGCAAAAUUCGACAUGUUAAGCAUAGCAGUCGAUGGCAGAUUUCACCAUCUCCCCAAGACACUUCAAAAUUCGCCCCGGGGGUCAUAUUACAAAAUUGAGUCACUAGCAUUUGGUCACGACGACUACUUUGCUGUAGCCACCAACAGUGGUGCCAUUGUUGUUUUUAAGUUCGGCCACGAUACGGGCCUCUACUAUCGCGAGCGACGGAUUAGAGAGUACCCGAUUUAUGGAUCCCUUCGGAAGAUCUAUUUGACCAUACAGUUUUGGGGACAAGAGCAGAUCAUAAUUUAUAAUGGUUACAUGAAUUUCUGGGAUUUAAAGACAGGCAAAUGCUUGCGGAAGGUAUCUAUCCCACACCGAUACGAAGACCGCAGAUCAACCAUUACAGCUGACGGCCGAAUUGCUUGGGGCGAAGAUUAUUCUCAGGUAGUGAUAUGGGACAUCAUGUGCGAAAAGGAAACGCAGCGUUUUGACUUACACGUUCUACAACUCGAUGUUGUAGUGAUUUCGACAAUUUCCUUUGAUUCAAGUGGUAUGCUUGCGAUCUCUGCACGGGAUUUUGACCAGAAAUUCAUAGCCAUUGGAAAUGCGAAUGAUGGUACCUGGAUUCGGAGGUACUCUCUGUUUGACGAUGUUCCAACUAUGACCUUUUUAACCCCCAAGCAACGACUCGACACAGGCUUUGGUGUUCUCGAAUACGACAUGGAAUGUGGGAACUCUAAAGAUAUACCAAUGUUGACCGCAAAAGGUCACUGGGACCCGCGUUACCUCAGACUAUCCUACUCAAAGUCCGAAGCCUGGCUCAUGAAAGGUUCUAGGAGGGUAUUGUGGAUUCCUUGCCAGGAUGUCGAUCCAAAACGGUUCUCAAUUCAAACAGAUUUGGAGACAGUUGAUUCAGUCAUGUCCACUGUUGAGAUCAACGACGCAGUGUUCUGCCAAGAACAUCUCACAGAAAUUUGUGAAGAUUGCAGUGUCGACUUACGUGAGGAGAACGACGCUUUUUACGGAUUUGACUCUGUGGAGCGCGAUGCAAUCGAAAGUCCACAUGCCUCCAUCAACCACGAUGGCGUUUAUAUGUGCAAGAAACAUGACAGCGCUACGUGCAAUCAGUGUUUUGGUUGGAAGAAGAAGAUCAUCAAAGCUCGGAUGGAUGCCAAAAAGGCUGGCAGGGCUUAG